AAAAUACGUCCCACGGAACGAUCCAAGGAGUGCAUUACCCAGGUGGAACGAUAUGGUUCCGUAGAGUGGAUGCAGUGAUAGCUACGUUAUGAUAUAUCUCUACGAAGAAGAAUGUUUGUCUGUCUGUCUUGGUCGCUUAUGUAAGAGGAUCUCCUUACAUAACAACUAUACUUUGGAAGCACGCCUGAUCCGCUGGAUCUAUCCGCUAUCGCAGAAAAUCAGUCGUUUCUAAGAUAAGCUAGUGUAGAAAAACGAGUCAUCCAUCCAGUAUGCACUAAAAUACUAUGUCUGGAUGAAUUUUUGUGGACUAAGUUUGUCGACGCUUUUUUUAGUAUACUUUCGUGGACGUUUUCUAGUAGGCUCUUUUCUGGACGCUUUUUUUUACCGUGUAGGUUCUAUUUCUGUAGAAUCGCAUCGAAACAUUUUUUCAGACAUCAAAAUGGAACUGUCAAUAUUUUCAAUCCUAUCCUUAAUAUUAAUUCUUAUCAUUUUCUACAGAAUAUUCAACUUUUUCCUAUUAAAACCGUAUUUAAUCGAUCGUAGCUUACGUCUACAAAAUAUUCCCGGCCGAUAUAUACCGAUUAUUGGCAAUAUUCUACAUAUUCGACGUUCCUUACGCAAUGGCACACCCAUGCAAUAUCUUCAUGAACAAAAAAGCUUAUACGGCAGUUACUAUCGUUCAGCACUUGGACCCAUUGUACGCCUGACUACCAGUGAUCCAUCAAUUAUGAAUUAUGUUCUAAAGAAAAAUGUAAAAUGUUAUCAUAAAUCUGUUAUAAUAAAAGAUUUUCUAGGUAAAUUAUUAGGUAUGCAAAAUUUAUUGACAACUGAAGAUGACGUACAUUCAUCACAUCGUAAAAUGAUUCAACCUGUAUUCCAACAUCAAAAUCUUGUAUCAAUGCAGAGUCUGAUGAUUGAUACGACAAGUAUUCAGUUGGAUAAAUGGAAGAAGCAGAUUGAUAAGCGAUCGGAGAAAUCGAUUAAUUUAGAAAUGCGUAGUGAAAUGUCAAUUUUAACAUUGGACAUUGUCACAGCAUGUGUAUUUGGUACAGGAUUAAUUGAAGAUGAAAAAGUCCAUGAUAUUAUACACCAGUCUGUUAUAAAUGGACUGAGUGCACUGGAACGCCGUAUGUUCAAUAUGACUGGAUUUCUACCAAUAAUUAAAAGUUUACCUCUUUCAUCAAAACUUAAAUUGGAUAAAGCAAAUAAAGAUCUUAAUAUCGUUGUUAACAAAAUUGUUAGUGAUCGAAGAGAAGCAUUGACACAUUCAGCAUGCAAAGGUAGUGAAUUUAGUCUAACCUAA